UCAAAUAUGUCCCCUCUCUCCUCCUUCCUCUGCUCUCAAAUCCUUCUUCUUUUUCAAUUUUACACCCGAAUUUCCCUAUGGUUACUCCAAAACUCGACUGCAAGGCACCCCAGCCUUGCGAUGUUUGCAAUGCCCAAACAGCCCUUCUCUACUGCCGCGCUGACUCCGCCAACCUCUGUUUGUUGUGCGACCACCACGUCCACUCCGCCAACCUCCUCUCCCUCAAGCACCUCCGCUCUCGGAUCUGCGAUAAUUGUUGCGCCGAACCCGUUUCCGUUCGUUGCGCUACUGAUAAUUUGGUGCUCUGUCAAGAGUGUGAUUAUGAUGCCCAUGGUACUUGCUCUGUCUCCGCCGCUCACGAUCGCAUCCCCGUUAAUGGUUUUUCCGGUUGUCCCUCCGCUCUUGAGCUGGCUUCCAUUUGGGGGUUCGACCUCCAAGAGGAGAAACCGCCGGAUCAGAUGUGGAACCAAGAGUUGACGAUGCCGGCCGAGGAGGCGUGGUUGAACAAAACGAGCGUACGAGAUUUGAUGGAACCCUACGAGCAGACGGUGUUGAAGAAGAAGAAUCACGGGAGUGGAAAGUACAAGCAGGUUUGGUAUAAACAGCUUGUGGAGUUGAUGAAACGGAAUUUAAUGGCCGACGUUGUCGACGACGAUGGCGGUGGAAGAGGCGGAGAGAUUGAGGACCUGGUGCAGAAUGUGGAAGCCAACGACAACGUUUUGGCUCCACUAGAAAUUAUGCAGCCGCAACAACAAAUGCAAACGCCUUUUACUUCGUUGCUGAUGAUGCAAACGCCGGAGAGCAAUCACAUUGUGGAUGGAGGAGAUGUGUUGUGGAAUGGUAAUCCAACUGACCAAACUCCUCAGAUAUGGGAUUUUAAGUCGGAAGAGCUGUGGGGUGAUGAACCCCAAUUUGAAGAAGAUGGGUAUGGUGGAAGCGAUGCUGCUGUUUUCAUGAUUAAGAAUUUCAUGGAUGAGACGUCUUUGAGUGCAAAAUUGCUGGGAGAUGCGUGCCACCUGAACUACACUCCUUCACAAGACAAUAUGGAUUCAAUCAAUAUAAACUCGAAUAACCCAGGUGUGAGUCAGGGGGCAACCACAUCUGAGAGCGACAACCUACCUAAACCAAGGCCGUCAAUGGGUUCGACUUUUGGUGGACCGACAGGCUAUUGCAGUUCCAACGAUGCUGUGUUCAUGGAACAACAUCUCCAAGCAAGGGAAGCUGCAGCACCUACCAAGGCUGAUCUGGAGUUGCUGGCGCAGAACAGAGGCAAUGCCAUGCAACGAUACAAAGAGAAGAAGAAAACACGAAGGUACGAUAAACACAUACGGUAUGAAUCUAGGAAGGCGAGAGCCGAUAGUAGGAAGCGAGUGAAGGUCGAUUUGUGAAAGCUUCUGAAUCUCCUGAUGGAUAAAGAUGGACUUCAUUUUUCUUGUAUAUAUUUCUUAUGUUACU